AUGAUGUCAGUAAUCCCAGCUCGGAUGAACACUGCUGGACAGCUCAUUGCCUUCCAACUUCAACUGUUCCAACUUUGUGAGGAACCAAUUUCCGAGGGAAUGCUGCCUGACAACAACUUUAACUGUUCCAAUGCAGCAAGGAGGCCAAUCUCGGAAGGAAUACUACCCAAUAAAUGGUUGCCCCUCAACCGCAACAGCCGCAAGAAUGGAAGUAAUCCAAGCUCCGAUGGAAGGCUCCCAGAAAGUUGGUUGCCAGAAACACUCAAGCCAGCCAAAUUAAAGAGAAGUCCAAUCUCCGUGGGAAGUUUCCCGGAUAGCUGGUUGUCAUACAAAUACAAGCCUUCCAGAGCUGACAUCAUGCCAAUCUCUGAAGGUAUGCUUUCAGACAACCGGUUGCCAAACAAAAUCAAGUCUUCCAAAGCUCAAAUCCCUCAAGGCUGUCAACAUCCCAGUUUCUGA